AUGGCACCCGACAAAAGAUUACCUAUUGGUUUCAAGGUUAAGAUUCCAAAUGUAGAGGAACUUCAAAAGUUGAGUGGCCGUAUGUCUACACUUGCCGAAGGAAACUUUCGAUACCACAAUGGGCGUUUAUUGGAUCUUCUUCAAGUAAGGGUUAAUGAGAAUGCCCUUACUACUUUGGCCCAGUUUUAUGAUCCACCCCUCCGGUGCUUCACUUUCCAAGAUUUCCAGUUAGCUCCGACUUUUGAGGAGUUCGCCAAGAUUUUGGGUUUUGAUCUAUGGGAAAGUAAGCCAUACUUAAACCUAGAAGAAGAACCAACCAUGGAUGAUCUUGCUAAGGCCCUAGAUCUUGGAGUUGAAGAGGUUACAUCUUGGUUGGUGAAAACCAAGGAUAAUGGCAUGGUGAUUCCAAGAAAGGUGUUGGAAGCUAAGGUCUCAGACCUAUUAGCCAAGAAGGAGUGGGGGUCAUUUAAUGCGAUCUUAUCAUUAUUGGUGUAUGGGUUGAUGCUAUUUCCAAAGGUGAAUGACUCUAUUGAUAUGCCCGCCAUAGGGGUAUUCUUGGUAGGAAGUCCUGUGCAUGCUCUAUUGGCCGACUUCCACCUCUCUCUUUGUUCUAGGCAUGAAAAGAGGAGAGGGGGUACUAUCGUUUGUUGCACACCUCUGAUGCAGCUAUGGUUAUACUCCCAUUUGCCUAAAAAGGGAUUCUUUGUGGAAAAUCAAGAGCAGUUUUUGUGGCCUAACAGAAUGGUCGCACUCACUGAAAAGGACAUUGCUUGGUAUUCACGAGAAUAUGAUGGUACUAAGAUUAUUCUCUGA